AUGGAUGAAGAAACUCGACUCAAACAUCUCACCAAAGGACUCAAUCCAGCAGCUCAAUUACACAUGGAUUUGAAGAAACCUGGUACUACUGAAGAGUUUUUUGAAGCUCUUAUCAAGUACGACAAAUGGCAAGAAGAAGAAAAAUCCCAACGGAAAAUUAUGACAUCGUCUGAUCAGCGUAGAAAUAUAUCAACAAGAACAAUGCAACAUUCUGUAAUGCAACGUGAACAAUAUUCUACAAAUCCAAGGCAACAACACAAUUAUUCAUCACAACAAUAUCAAUCCCAUUAUCCAACACCUGAUCCAACUCAGAUUCAAUACAACCGCGACAAAAACUACAGUGGAUGGGGAGUGCGUGAUGGUCGCAUUUCCUUUUCAAAAUCACAACCAUCACUUAUAACAAUUAGUACACUUGUCAAUGGUAAACCAAUUCACGCCAUGCUUGAUACAGGAGCAACUACAUCACUCAUCUCACAAUAUGAACUGAAUCAUAUUCCACACAUAACAAUUCAACCGAUUCAAACAAUGGCAACUCUCGGUGCUGGACAAACCAAAAUAAUGGUUAAUAGUGUAGUCAAAUUAAAUGUCACCAUCAAUCAUAUUACCACCAUCAUUACAGCUCUUGUGGUCGAAUCAUUAGGUGCUAAUUUAAUUCUCGGCAUGGACUGGUGUAACUCAAAUUAUGUGAACGUGAAUAUUGGUAAAAAACAAAUGGAGAUCAAUCACUCACAGCAUGGAACUACAACAACACCAUUCUUUGAAGUUGGCUCGGUCGAGGUAUGUGCUAAUCGCACCGAAUUAGACGAACGAUGGAUAGGACCUUACCGUGUGAUCAAGAAAGCAGGUGAACAAAACUAUUUGGUCGAAGACAGUCAAACUGGAAAAACUACGUGGGCUCACAUAAGUCAACUUCAACCGGUUGCGGAACGCAACAGUGGUUGA